AUAUCAUAUAUCAUUUUCGUUAGUGAGUCAGAAAUUGCAUGUUUACUUGUGCGUUUGCAAUUAAAGUUGCUUAAAUAAAUAUAAUAAAAGAAAACUAGAAUGUCGUACCAACAAGCAGGAAUGCCCGAUCAACAAUUUCUCUGGGAUGUCUUCCAAAGAGUGGACAAAGACAGAAGCGGACACAUUUCUGCAGAUGAGCUCCAGGAAGCUCUCUCCAAUGGCACCUGGUCCGCAUUUAAUCCUGAAACAGUCAGACUUAUGAUUGGUAUGUUUGACCGGGAAAACAGAGGAACCGUCUCAUUCCAGGACUUUGGAGCUUUGUGGAAAUAUGUGACUGAUUGGCAAAAUUGUUUUCGCUCAUUUGACCGCGAUAAUUCCGGCAAUAUAGACAAACAAGAACUAAAAACAGCUUUGACCUCUUUUGGAUAUCGUCUGUCAGACAAUCUUGUUGGAGUUCUUCUCAGAAAAUUUGAUCGGUUCGGUCACGGAACCAUUCUAUUUGAUGAUUUUAUACAAUGCUGUAUUGUUCUUUAUACCUUGACAACUGCAUUCAGACAGCAUGACACGGAUAUGGAUGGAGUCAUAACUAUUCACUACGAACAGUUUUUAAGCAUGGUUUUCUCUUUAAAAAUUUAAAUUUACGAAACUUUAUCAUUAAAAAAUUCCUACACAUUUAUGUAUAUAAAUAUCUAUAUGCAAAAUGUUAUUUGUACAUAAUGCAUAUAUCUGUAUUUAUAUAAAUUAACACUUAUCGACAAGUAGAUAAUUAUCCGCAUCUUUUAAAAUUUACCAAAACAUAUGUAAUUGUUUCAGCUAGUUUUAAACAUGUCUUUCUGAAUCUGCUAUUUUGAAACAAAAAACAAUCGUUAAAAUUGCCAAGUGAAAUAAUACCUCAUUAUAAUUGUUACAUAAUCUUUUUAUGGUAAGGAUGAUUAAAAAACACUGUAUUAUAAAUACGGA